AUGAAGGGUGUGUUGAAGUGUUUCGGUUUUAGCGAUGCUUGCAUCGCUUUGUUAGAAUCAUGUUGGAAUAACAAUUGGUUUUCUGUUCUUAUUAAUGGGGAGGCAUUGGGCUACUUCAACUCCUUAAGAGGGCUUAGACAAGGUGAUCCGAUCUCCCUAGGGUUGUUUGUUAUUGCGGCUGAAGUUCUAAGUCAAGGCUUUAAGGCACUAGUGCAGUCAGGUGCUUGCUAUUCAUUCAAUCUUUGCAGUGGCUGUCCAACUAUUUCCCUUUUUGUGGAUGACACGCUCUUGAAAAGUUCCUUCCUAUGUUCUGAUAAGCUCUCUGCUAGUAGAAUUAGAAGCAUCGAGUGCUUCUUAGGGAUCACCAAGUCCACGUUGUGUAGCUGCUAUCUGGGCAUGCCAAUUAUAAGAGGAAGAGCUAAGGCUUCUGAUUUUCAAUUUCUUCUCGACAAGGUCCUCAAUUGCAUCAGCGGGUGGAAGACUCGGCACCUAUCUCAGGGUGGACGAGCCACCCUAAUCAGACACGUUCUGGGUAGUUUUCCUAUCCAUGUGCUGGCAGCUUCACAGGUUCCGCUGCAACUCAUUUGGGCCCUCGAGAUGAAAUUUGAUGAUUUCUUCUGGGGUUGGGCUGAGGUGAUUCUCCGUGGGUCUCUCAUGAUGGCGAGAUAUGGCAGAGAUAUCUCUUUUGGCAAUGGUGUCAGUGCGGCAGCUGCCCCUUCCCUGCUGUGGAAGAAAGUCAAGGCCACAUUCCAUCUCCUCGACGAGAAGACCCAAUGGGUGGUUUUGCAACCUCCAAAGAUUUGGACAGUUGCUUCUGGCCUCUGGACCCAUCUGGAAGCUUCUCUGUUAAAUCUACCUGAAGCUUGUAUAGAUUGGUUGGGCCUCAACGGUUCUGGACGAGCAGAGUGUGGCAUACCAAGGCGGAUGCCUCUCUUCCCUCCGGAACCUCGUCCCGAGCUUAGUGCUUUGGGAGAUCUGGAAAGCAAGAAACGAGGCUAG